AUGGCUUGGUCAACCACCACCACUGUAGCCGCUACCUGUCUGCUUUUUCUCUUGUUGGCCCGCCCCUCUCACGCUUUCGGAGCCGGCAACAUCGCCUCUAUAUCCAAAAUCGAGGGCCAGAAUUGGCGCCAUGGUGACAUCGAAGAUGUGAUCUUAACUCUGAUGAUGGCCCGUUCAGCUGGCGGGAAGAAAUUCUCCAAAAUAGAUGUCCAACGUAUAUAUUUUGGGAAUUGGCUCCGGGACUAUAGCCAGGCUAUCGAUAUUGGUACGGUGAAAUACGUCUCUGUUGAAGCAAUUAGGAUUCUGCUUUUGGUUUUGGGAUUUAUGACGUUUGGGUAUGGCACUGGCGAGUUUGAAGUAACCACUGAGCGCAUUGGAUGCUACCAGCCUACCGAGCACAUCGAUAAUCCAUUGGGAUAUGGCGAGGGCGAGGACCCACGUCGAUAUCAUAGACGACUCAGAGGCCCUAUCGACGAACAGAGGGAGCUGGGCAUCGAUCCUCGUACUGGCUUGAAGAACUACAUCGCGACUGAGGAUCUAGGUAUCGACAAUUCUGCACAACUUCUGAGAAGGUUAUUUGGUAGAUGCAUUGAACUUGGUCGCAAAUAUUCUCGCUCGCGUAACGAGAGCGACUUGCAUGAAGCCCUGAGGCUCAUGGGAACUGGUCUGCACACCCUCGAAGACUAUAUGGCCCAUAGCAACUAUACAGAGCUGAGUCUGAUCGAACUUGGCGAGACCGAUAUUUUCCCUCAUGUUGGCAGAAACACUAAGGUUCAACUUCAAGGGACAAGAGACAAAGUUUAUCCCAUCGUGACGGGCACAUUUGGUGGCGUGGACUUCCUCCAUAGUGUUAUGGGAGAAAUUUCUGAUAAGGCGACUCAAUCCGAAAUACAAAGCUUGGAGGGUGUGAUCGCAGAUUCUGAAAAGGAACAACUGCAGGAAGGGUUUCUCCAAAACCUUCUCGAUAAGAUUCCUAACGGCCUCUUCGGAGGCGAUGACAGUGGCACAAAAAUGAAUGAAUUCAAGUCCAAUGCACAGUCUAAUAAGAAAAGAACCGAGAACAUUUCUCCUCGCGAACCAGAGGAAUGGGUCAAUUACCUUAAUGACGUUCACCAACAGGUCUACCCACUCUUGGAAUGGCACGACAAUUUGAUGAAGUCCAUCAACAAAGCGAUUGAGACGAUCCCGGGACUCUCUGAUAUAGUUGAGCAAGUUCAGGAGCAACUCAAUGUCUUCGUCUUUUCCGUACUGGCUCCCUACGUUCUCCCGAUUAUCAAGCAGGUCAAAUUUGAACUUCAGACUGGUUCAUCAGAGGUCAUUCAGAGCAGCAAAGCCCAACAGUAUAACACUUUCAAUGAUGACUACUGUACUGAUCCAACUCACUCCAUGCUAUCUAAGGACCACUUCAGCAACCUGCUAAAUGAGCCAGCUGGAAAGGCUGCUGCGGAAAUUGUGAGAUGGGUGGUUCCGCAGAUCAUGGAGUGCUGGGAUGACGAAAGCAUUGAUGUUGACCGUACAAUGAAUAGGAUUAUCAGCGGCGUCCUUCAUCACCCAGCUCUACGUGAUUACGGGGAAGAUGGUGCGAAGGACAUGCGUCUAACUAUGUUUUGCAUUGUGGAGAGCUGGUGGAACGAACAAGGACGUCGUGGCCAGGAUUCGCUUCGUCGACAGCUCAGCCGAGAAGGUGUCCGGAAUGGCGAUAACCAUAAGCCUGGAGUCCACGACUCUGGGCAUGGUUGCGGCAAACCUAUGACUCUCCCGACCCGGAGUCACUUCGUCCCAGGUGGUGCUCAGGAUUUGUUUGGCCUCGGAGGCUUUUCGGGGAAAUCUUCAAAACAAUCGAUGCCAUCGGAAAUUGAGAAAAUGGCUUCUGAGGCUGUUGGAGGAGGUUUAAUUGGUAGUUUAGUCGGGGGAAUAGUUGGUGGAGCUACAACUGGCACGUUAGAUCAACGGGACGAUGGUAAGCGCCGAAAGGAGAGGAGAGACUAUCACUCACCUCAGUACCCACAGCAACAUGAUUAUUGCCAAGGCAAGGAUAACAAAAAGGAUGAAGAUGAGAAACAGAAAAAGAAGCACAAGGAGGAGAAGGGAGACAAGGAUGACAAGAAAGAUAGGAAAGAUAAAAAGGACAAUGAUGACAAGAAAGAGACAAAGCACAAGGAAGAAAAGGAAGGAAAGAAGUACAAAGAAAAGGAGAAGAAAUAUAAAGAUUAUAAGGAAGAAAAGAAAGAGAAGAAAGCUGACAAGGACAAAAAACAUAAAGAAGAUAAAUACAAAUCGAAGAGCUAUGACGACGACGGCCGCCAAGAGUAUCAGAGUAGUGGAUAUCGCCAGGCCCAAUAUGGUGAAACAUCUAGCUACGGUCGUGGUGAAGAAAGUUACGGGACGGGCCGUUCCGGUGGUUACGGUGAGCGUUCUGGUGGUGGUGGUGGUGGUGAGAAUCGCGGCUACUAUGGCGAAAACAAACCUCAGACCUAUGGGGAUGGGAAUAACGAACCUGAGCCCCGAGACUACAGAGGGUUUUACGGCGGCGAGAGUGGUGGGUAUGGCGGUGGAGAAUCCCGCACUUACGGUCAUCGACAGGAAUGCGAAACCUUGACUUCUCAGCCGUACGGCCGACGUGAGCACUCUGGCUCCCGCGAAAGGGAACUACGCCACUAUGAAAGUGGGCACUGUGGCAGUGAUGAGCGCCGUCAUGGUAGCCGUGAACGGGAUCAUCGUCAUAGGGGAGACAACGAUGACGAUGAAGAUAAAUACCGUCGCAAGUAUAAGAAUAGGAGUGGAGAUGAGGAUGAUGAUAAUGGGAGUGAUGAUGGUCGUAGGAAAAGGCACGGACAGAAACAGCAACACCAUAGACGUGAUUCUUAG